AGCCACCCCUCCGACAUCCACCGUCUGCAGCAGGAGCACGCCACAGCCGGCUACCGUGAUGGCGUCACCGUCUCCAAGGCAGGUAGCAUCCAGGCUGGUUUCGAUGAGGGGUUCGGGCUGGGCGCAACCAUCGGGCUGACGGUCGGACGGUUGCUUGGGAUGCUGGAGGGGAUCGUGGGGGCCCUUGCCACCGCUGCCAGCGUCGCGAGCGGGCUGCUUGCGGAGGCGCGGGCCGAGUUGAAUGUCAGAAGUGUGUUUAGUGAGGUGUACUGGAACGCGGACGGGACGUGGAAGUAUGAUGCGGCGGGAGAAGGGAGGGAGGACGUUGUCUUCUCGCAUGUUGCGGGGGCGCACCCGCUUGUGAGGAAAUGGAGCGCUGUUGUGGAUGAGCAGAUGCGGGUGUGGGGGUUGGAG